UGUUUGAUAACGUGAAUGUAAGUUUGACACCGUCGUCGUUAAGGUAAUUAUACGUUACUGAAAUUUGCAUCCAUUUAGAUUUGUAAAGAAUUGGCAAGCGGUUAUAGACUUCAGGAAAGCAAUGACAAAUUUGCCACGAUAUGUGAUGCAAAAUUUGAAGUGUUCUAUAUGUGGUCGAUAUUUAUCUGUACCACCAGUUAGUGGUCCAAAAGGAAAGUACACAUGUGGUAGAUGUCGCCCUAAUGUGGAAGCAAGUGGACCUUAUGAAGAAAUCGCUAAACAUAUUUUAUUCCCUUGUAGCAAUGAAGAUUGCAAGUCACGACUGAAAUGGGGAGAAGUGUUGGCUCAUGAAUAUGUCUGUCAAUUUCGUAAAACACCGUGCCCCUUUCCAACUUGUUAUGUUCGACUAUUCUUCAGUCGUCUAUUUAAUCACUUUAAUGAAGUCCAUAAAUCAUAUGUACACAACCGUCAUUGUAACAUAACCUUAAAUUUCAGUCAGGCACCCCUACACUUGUCGGUACAUUGUUAUUCUUACAGUCAAACAGUUUUCUUGGUUUUCGUAAAAACAGCUACUAAUUGGCCUAUGCAUACAUUCAGUUUUGCACUGGCUGCACUGCCAAAUUCAGAUAGAGUCAGUCUCAGUGACAAGCAAUACGCCGUUAACCUAUAUUUAAACUCGACUGCUGGCAACGCGGUCAUAAAGAAGAUUGGAGAGGUCGUACCCCAAUAUGACAUCGAUAAGCAUUGUCUACCUUGCAUCACUGGGAAAUGUAACAAAUCUUGGCAUCAGGGAGAAAACUUUUUGGACGUGACAUUUGAGGGCAUAGAUGCAAACUACUACUACAACGAUAUCAAAUGUAUCGUUAAAGUGGACAAGUCUACAUCAUUGGCAGAAAGACUAGAAUGUCCCGUAUGUAAGAACUACAUGAUCAACGCAAUCUUCAUAUGCCCCACAGGGCAUUCCCUUUGCGGUAAAUGUAAGGCAAUGAUUACAACAUGUCCGCUGUGCAAAUGUGGUAUGGGUUCAACCAGAAACUAUACUUUGGAAGAGGUUGCAGAGACCUUAGAGGUACCUUGCCACAACGAUUUUAUGGGAUGCGUGUUUGUAGGCUCUGUGGCGGAAACAAUACAGCAUGAAGCGAACUGUUCAUUUCAAGUGAAUACUGCUACAGACUCAAAGUCAGCAGUUUCUAUGUAAGAUGUCAGCUGUAUUAUCUAUCAAUAAAAUGUUCAUUUGAGAGCUCUGA